AUGAGUUCACAAAACAUCGCCAUUUUGGCUUCAGCAAUGGUGUGGAUUUUCUUACUUUCUUGGGUAAUAUGUUUUUCUUGUUUGCAAGUCCAUGCUGCAGGAGAAGGCAAAAGGCCGCUGAUUUCCAUGAAUGGUUGCAAUUUAUCUGAAAAAGAGCUUAAGUUUGAGGAACAUGCACGAAGGGAACUCAUACCAGGCAGAUCCAGUUUCACCAGUAUCGACUGUGGCAUAGAAAAUGGUAACGAUUAUACAGACAGCGAAACUGGAAUUAGUUAUACAUCAGAUGCGCAAUAUGUUGAAAGCGGAGUAAACAUGAAAAUAUCUGAUUUAUUCUUGUCUCAAACUCAAAAUUAUCAAAAGCUGCUGUCAACUGUUAGAAGUUUUCCUGAAGGAAACAGCAGUUGCUACACGCUAAAACCAACAGCAAAUGGCGGAGGCAACAAGUACUUGAUUAGAGCAUUCUUCAUGUAUGGAAAUUAUGAUUUGAAAAGUCAACCACCACUUUUCAAACUCUACCUUAAUGCAAAUGAGUGGGAUGAAGUAAAACUGGACAAUGCAUCUCAGAUUCUGAUCAAAGAAGUCAUACAUAAUCCUCCUACAGAUUAUAUACACGUCUGUCUUGUCAAUGUUGGCUCCGGAACACCUAUUAUUUCAGCACUUGAGAUAAGAGAGUUGAGCAACACCAUCUAUGAUACUAUGUAUAAUGAUUCGCUAAUCCUCUACAGAAGGUUAGAUGAAGGUGCAAGUUCAACGAUUAGCAACAAAUUCCAGAGGUACCGGGAUGAUUUCUAUGAUCGUAUAUGGGAAGUCCCUGACUACCGGCCUGAUUGGAAACCAAUUAACACAACUUCUUACAUUACUGAAGAAUAUCUUGACAACGCCUAUAAACCUUCACCAAUCGUCAUGAGCACUGCAGUCAGGCCUGCGCAUGGAAGUUCGUUGGUGCUGUCUCAAAAUGUUGAUCGCAACCAACAAUUCUACUUGUACAUGCAUUUCCUCGAGGUGGAAGAUCUCCCAUCGACUCAAAUCAGGAAGUUUGCCAUAUAUGUGAACAAUAAAAUCUGGUCCGACCCUGUUGUUCCAGACAGUGGUCCAGAUACCAUCUACAGCACAUACUCUCGGGGUGGUGCUGAUACCCUACUAUUCUCAAUCAAUAUGACAAAUGAUUCUACACUUCCUCCAAUUCUCAAUGCCAUAGAGUUCUAUAUCCGCAAGAAAUUCCCUAUCUUGCCCACAAAUCAAAGUGACGUUGACGCCAUGAUCAGCAUUAGGUUAACGUAUGGUCUAAAGAAAAAUUGGCAAGGAGAUCCAUGUGUACCCGAGGAACUUAGGUGGGAUGGACUAGACUGCAGCACCAAUGAUCAGGGUUUAUACAGAAUCAUUUCAAUGAACCUAUCCUUCAGUGGGUUAGCCGAUGAAAUCACAUUCUCAUUGUCUAAACUUGAUUCACUACAAAGCUUGGACAUGUCUCACAAUGACUUGACUGGAACAAUUCCAGAUUUUUUGGCCUACAUGCCUUCCUUAAGAACAAUUAACUUAUCUGGAAACAAGCUGGAAGGCUCAGUUCCUGCACUUCUUCUUGAUAAAAUGAACAACGGGGCAUUGGCACUCAGUUUGGAUGGAAACCCGGAUCUUUGUGUAUCAGGCCCUUGCAAGAAGAAGAAGUCUCAUAAGCAGAGAUUGAUCGUUAGCAUCGUUGUACCGACCAUAUCAUGUCUUCUUGGCAUAGUAAUCGGGGUAGCGAUUUUCAAGCACAGAAUAAAAGCCGCCUCAACGAAGGGUACUUGUGUUGAACUAAAGAAAGAACAAGGAGAGGGUACUAUCGUUGAACUAAAGAAAGAACAAGGAGAGGGCGGUACUAUCGUUGAACUAAAGAAAGAACAACUAUUGAAGACCAAAAGUACAAUGUUCAAGUGCUCUGAGAUAAUUGAAAUUACCAACACCUUUCGGACAGUUAUUGGAAGGGGAGGUUCUGGAAUAGUUUAUCUUGGAUGCUUGGAAGAUGGCAGCAAUGUUGCCGUAAAAAUGUUGUCUUCUUCAUCAGCAACCCGUGGACAAAAGCAGUUUCAAUCAGAGGUGGAAAUCUUGAUCAAGAUUCAUCACACAAACUUGGUAUCAUUUGUCGGAUAUUGCGCUGAAGGAAGAGCUAUGGCUCUAAUCUGUGAGUAUAUGGCGAACGGAAAUUUAAGACAACAUUUAUCAGGAAUCCCAUAUUUGACAUAUAGAGACUUGAAAAGUGCCAAUAUACUAUUGAACCAAAAAUUGCAGGCUAAGCUUGCUGAUUUUGGCUUAUCUCGAAUUUUUGCAAGUGAAAGUGACACUCAUGUAACAACAGCAGUGGCUGGAACAGCUGGUUACCUAGAUCCAGAAUAUAACUACACCUUCAAGUUCAAUGAGAAAAGUGAUGUUUACAGCCUCGGCAUCGUUUUAUUGGAACUGAUCACUGGAAAACCAGCCAUCAUAAAGGGCACCGAUGAUGUCAAUAUUCACAUUGUUGAAUGGGUGAACAAAAGGGUAGAAAGGGGAGACAUUCAUGAAAUUAUGGAUCCAAAACUGAAAGGAAAGUUCAACAUAAACUCGGCCUGGAAGUUUUUGGAGGCCGCCAUGACGUGUACAAUGGCAAUGGCUAGUCAGAGGAUGAGUGGCAUGGAGUUACUUGUUGAACUAAAGCAGUGUUUGGCAAUAGAGCUAUCUGAAGAGAUAGCAUCAAGGGCUGAAGAUUUUCCGCAGGAUGAUGGCCUUGAGAUAGACACCGCUCCAAGUGCAAGAUAG